UUUUUUUUUUUUUCAUAUAAUUACCUUCUUCUAUGGGACUCAUCCGUACAAAGAUUAAAUCCCAUUAUUACACUGACACGUUUUCUAUCGUUUAAUCGUUGUGAGAUGCAUUAUAAUGCACUAAAAGAGAACAAAGUUUUUUUCCUAUGUAAGUAGUAUGUAUGUGCGACGUAAGUAAUACGUCUGUAAUUUGACCAAUCAAAACGAACGAAUUGAUCGACGUCGAACAAGCGUCCUUCGUCGAUCCUCCUCGACGAAAUAAAAAAGACGUAGAGACAAAUGCAACGUGUACCGUACAACACGACGUACCAUGCAACGAGUCUGAUUAUACCGGAAGAACUUCCUACGAUACUUUCGCUAAUUUAUUCUAACAUACCACCGAUAAAGAAAGGAACGGACUCGAGACUAGGCAUUGGUUUCCGGCUUGGUGAACAUGCUGAUUUUCAAGUUCUUCUUGAAUUGGGACCUCAAUCUGAUACUGAUCCGAUCGGUACCAACGAUUCCAAAAAACGAAGAGACGCGAUGUACAUGGCUGCGAUGAAGGGAGAAUUAGGCCCUUUGGCACAAGCUAUAGCAAAAUAUCAAACUGAACGUAGGAUACAUGAAGAAUUAGAAAAGCUUAAAAAACUUGAGGAAACAACGAGAAUAGUUGAAAAAAAAGAUACUAAAAAUGAUACCUCCAGCGAUUGGUUGAUGAAGUGGAAUAAAGAAAUGUCGAAGUCCUCCAAGAGUGAAGUGCCAUUGAAACGAAUUUCCACCGAGGAAAUUUUUUUAAAUACCAACGAUAGCAGCAGUUUGUCACAUCAGAAAACACAAUCUAUUGUUGCAAGCAAGGAGAAACUAGAAGAGCUCAAAAAAUUGUAUAAAUCACAGUGAAAAUUGGUAAUAAUAAUCAAAUUCGUUUAUAAUAAAUUGCCUUAUGCUAUAAAACGGAUAUAAGACAUUAUUUGUAAUAAAAAAGAAAAAAAAAACAAAACAAGUAAUUUGAUAUAAGAAAUUACACUCGUAAAUUUUAUUAUAUUUAUUAAUAAAUCAUCUUCUACACAAGCGACAAAACUAAUAUUAAAUCUAAAACAUAGCUUAGACAAAGAGAUUUUUUAAUUAGGCAGAUAUAUUCAUGCGUUAAAAAUUUCUCCCUUUUCUGUAAAUAUCUAUACAUAAUUAUUUUAAUCAAAACUAUGCUAAUUGUAAGUUUCAUCCGUCUACAUGAGAUAAAUAUGUUAUUAAUAUCAUCUAAAGAAAAAAUGUAAUGUUUUUAUGAUAAUGACCUGAAUACAAAUAGUUACGA